CAGCAGGUACCGCCCAAGGCGUUCCGGCCCCUUGGCUGCACAGCCAACAACGGUGAUGGCGGGCAGACAGUCUGUUUGGAGCCAGGCAGCUCUUCUCCAGUUUCUUCUUGGCAUGUGCCUAACGGUGAUGCCACCCACACAGGCCCGGCGUCUGCGCUUUGUUACCUUGCUGUAUCGACAUGGAGAUCGCUCACCAGUGAAGACAUAUCCUAAGGACCCUUAUCAGGAAGAGAAGUGGCCCCAGGGCUUUGGUCAGCUAACCAAGGAGGGGAUGCUACAGCACUGGGAGCUAGGCCAGGCUCUGCGGCAGCGCUACACUGGCUUUCUGAACACUUCUUACCACCGGCAGGAGGUUUAUGUGCGAAGCACUGACUUUGACCGUACUCUCAUGAGCGCUGAGGCCAACCUGGCUGGACUCUUCCCUCCCAGUGAAGUGCAGCGCUUCAAUGCUAACAUUUCAUGGCAGCCUAUCCCUGUUCACACUGUGCCUGUUACUGAAGACAGGUUGCUAAAGUUUCCAUUGGGCCCAUGUCCCCGUUAUGAGCAGCUGCAGAAUGAGACUCGGCAGACACCAGAGUAUCUGAACAAGAGUAUUCAGAAUGCACAAUUUCUGGACAUGGUGGCCAAUGAGACAGGACUUACGAAUCUGACCCUAGAGACCAUCUGGAAUGUGUAUGACACACUCUUUUGUGAGCAAACACACGGGCUGCUCCUGCCGCCCUGGGCCUCACCCCAAACCGUGCAGCAUCUGAGCCAGCUAAAGGACUUCAGUUUCCUCUUCCUCUUUGGGAUCCACGAGCAAGUACAGAAGGCCCGGCUUCAAGGGGGAGUUCUGCUGGCUCAGAUACUGAAGAACCUGACACAAAUGGCGACCACCUCUCAAUUCCCUAAGCUCCUUGUUUACUCUGCGCAUGAUACUACCCUGGUUGCUCUGCAAAUGGCACUGAAUGUCUACAAUGGGAAACAAGCCCCCUAUGCUUCCUGCCACAUAUUUGAACUUUAUCAGGAAGAUAAUGGGAAUUUCUCAGUUGAGAUGUACUUUCGGAAUGACAGUAAGAAGGCACCCUGGCCUCUGACCCUGCCUGGCUGCCCUCACCGUUGCCCACUGCAGGACUUCCUUCGCCUCACAGAGUCUGUCAUACCCAAGGACUGGCAGAAGGAGUGCCAGCUAACAAGUGAUACUGCGGACACGGAGGUGAUUGUAGCCUUGGCUGUCUGUGGCUCCAUACUCUUCCUUCUAAUAGUGUUGCUCCUCACUGUCCUCUUCCGGAUGCAGGCUCAGCCUCCUGGCUACCACCAUGUCGCAGACAGGGAAGACCAUGCUUGACAACCACUCAGUCCCCUUCCCUCUGCCUCCUAGGGGAGGUGGGCUGAGUCCUUGCUCCUGACUAUUGCUGAUCCCAGCCCAUGGACAGGAGUCCCUGGGUUUAGCCUCCCUGAUUAUCUAAGCCCAAAUGAAUGAGGCUCAGCUGGGCGCAUGACACCUGUGACUCCCAUCUACAUGCCUGAUGGUUACCAUGUACUGUGUUGGACACUGGCUUUCUCCAAAUGGGAUUUGCCUCUUCCAUACUCCCUGAGGACCUGAGACACAGACUAGCAUUCAUGUUCCACUCAGGACCUGGGAUAAAAAAAGAAAACUGAAGAAGCUGGUGCUUGACCUGCCUUGCUCUUCACCAAGCCUUGUUCUUUGUCUUCUAGCCCACAUCUUUGGCAAAUGGCUUAGAGGACAUUGUCCCUUGGUACUUUUUUAGAGGCAAAAACUGCAAAUCACUGGGAGCAUAAUAUGUGGUUAUCAAGGAACUGGA